CUGGGCAUGCUCAGUCGGCAGGGCCGCUUCAGCUCUCGGAGCAGGAAGCUUGGGCGCUCCGGCUGUAAGGAGCCGCGGCGGGGGGAAAAUGGAGCCCUUCACCAAUGAUCGGCUUCAGCUCCCCAGGAAUAUGAUUGAAAACAGCAUGUUUGAGGAAGAACCAGAUGUGGUGGAUUUAGCCAAAGAGCCUUGUUUACAUCCUCUAGAGCCUGAUGAGGUGGAAUAUGAGCCCCGGGGUUCACGACUGCUGGUGCGGGGUCUCGGUGAGCAUGAGAUGGAUGAGGAUGAAGAGGAUUAUGAGUCAUCUGCAAAGCUCCUGGGCAUGUCCUUUAUGAACAGAAGCUCAGGCCUGCGGAACAGUGCAGCCGGCUACAGGCAGAGCCCAGAGGGGACUUGUUCACUACCCUCUGCAAGGGCCAUGGUGGUGUGUGCUUCUGUCAUUGUGAUUGCUGUUUCUGUAAUCAUGGUAAUUUAUCUACUGCCCAAAUGUACCUUUACCAAAGAAGGCUGCCAUAAAAAAAACCAAUCGUUGGAACUAAUUCAGCCACUUGCAACAAAUGGGAAGUUGUUUCCAUGGGCACAGAUCAGGCUUCCCACUGCCAUUAUGCCUCUACGCUAUGAACUUAACCUACACCCAAACCUAACCUCGAUGACAUUCAGGGGUUCUGUGACGAUUUCACUUCACGCUCUUCAGCCCACAUGGAAUAUCGUUCUUCACAGCACAGGCCAUAAUAUUUCAAGAGUGACAUUUAUGUCAGCAGUUUCAAGCCAAGAAAAACAAGUUGAGGUCCUGGAAUAUCCAUUUCAUGAACAAAUCGCCAUUGUUGCCCCUGAAACCCUUCUUGAAGGACACAACUAUACCUUGAAGAUAGAGUAUUCGGCAAAUGUAUCUAGUUCUUACUAUGGGUUUUAUGGCAUCUCCUACACAGAUGAAAGUAAUGAGAAAAAGUACUUUGCAGCAACUCAAUUUGAACCCCUGGCAGCGAGAUCUGCUUUUCCUUGUUUUGAUGAACCAACAUUUAAAGCCACAUUUCUCAUCAGGAUCAUAAGGGAUGAGCAAUACACUGCUUUAUCAAAUAUGCCUAAGAAGUCAUCAGUCAUUAUGGAAGAUGGACUUGUUCAGGAUGAGUUUUCUGAGAGUGUGAAGAUGAGUACUUAUCUGGUUGCUUUUGUUGUGGGGGAGAUGAAGAACCUGAGUCAGGACGUAAAUGGAACUUUGGUUUCUAUAUAUGCUGUACCAGAAAAGAUUGGUCAAGUUCACCAUGCCUUGGAAACAACUGUGAAGCUUCUUGAGUUUUAUCAAAACUACUUUGAAAUUCAAUACCCACUUAAGAAAUUGGAUUUGGUGGCUAUUCCUGACUUUGAAGCAGGAGCAAUGGAAAAUUGGGGCUUGCUUACCUUCCGAGAAGAGACCCUUCUGUAUGACAAUAAUACUUCUUCAGUGGCAGAUAGAAAACUGGUUACUAAAAUCAUCGCUCAUGAGCUGGCCCAUCAGUGGUUUGGUAAUCUGGUAACAAUGGAGUGGUGGAAUGAUCUGUGGCUAAAUGAAGGUUUUGCUACUUUCAUGGAGUAUUUCUCUUUGGAAAAAAUAUUUGAAGAGCUCGCCAGUUAUGAAGAUUUCUUAGAUGCUCGAUUUAAAACCAUGAAGAAAGAUUCCUUGAAUUCAUCUCAUCCAAUAUCAUCAUCAUCUGUUCAGUCUUCAGAACAGAUUGAAGAAAUGUUUGAUUCUCUUUCCUAUUUUAAGGGAGCUUCUCUCUUGUUGAUGCUGAAAACUUACCUUAGUGAAGAUGUGUUUCAACAUGCUGUUGUUCUUUACCUGCAUAAUCAUAGCUAUGCAGCCAUUCACAGUGAUGAUCUGUGGGAUAGUUUUAAUGAGGUCACAAACAAAACACUGGAUGUAAAGAAAAUGAUGAAAACCUGGACCCUGCAGAAAGGAUUUCCUUUGGUGACUGUUCAAAGAAAAGGAAAGCAACUUCUUGUACAACAAGAAAGAUUCUUUUUAAAUAUGAAGCCUGAAAUUCAGCCGUCAGAUGCAAGCUAUCUGUGGCAUAUUCCACUAUCCUGUGUCACUGAAGGAAGAAAUUAUUCAAAAUAUCCAUUGGUACUAUUACUGGACAAGAAAUCAGGUGUCAUCAAUCUUACAGAAGAAGUGCAGUGGGUCAAAGUCAAUACAAACAUGAGUGGCUAUUAUAUUGUACAUUAUGCAGAUGACGACUGGGAAGCACUAAUCAAACAGUUGAAAACAAAUCCUUAUGUCCUCAGUGACAAAGACCGAGCCAACCUCAUCAACAACAUCUUUGAACUUGCAGGCCUAGGCAAGGUGCCUCUUCAGAGGGCCUUUGAUUUGAUUGAUUAUCUUGGAAAUGAGACCUCUACUGCACCCAUCACUGAAGCCCUAUUCCAAACGGGCCUCAUCUAUAACCUCCUUGAAAAACUGGGAUACAUGGAUCUGGCCUCAAGACUGGUGACCAGGGUAUUUAAAUUGCUUCAAAGCCAAAUCCAACAGCAAACGUGGACUGAUGAGGGCACCCCAUCUCUUCGAGAGCUUCGGUCAGUCUUGCUAGAAUUUGCUUGCACCCACAGCCUAGAGAACUGCAGCACUACUGCCAUGAAACUAUUUGACGAUUGGGUGGCAUCCAAUGGAACUCAAAGCCUACCUACUGAUGUCAUGACUACUGUGUUCAAAGUUGGAGCAAAAACUGAACGAGGCUGGUUAUUCCUCUUAAGCAAGUACAUCUCUAUAGGCUCUGAAGCAGAGAAAAAUAAAAUACUUGAAGCUCUUGCCAGCUCAGAGGAUGUAUGGAAACUUUACUGGUUAAUGAAAACUAGCCUCAAUGGAGAUAUCAUCCGAACACAAAAGCUGUCAUUUGUCAUUAGAACAGUGGGCCGACGUUUUCCUGGACACUUACUGGCGUGGGAUUUUGUCAAAGAGAACUGGAAUAAGCUUGUACAGAAGUUCCAUCUGGGGUCCUAUACCAUGCAAAGUAUUGUUGCCGGGUCAACUCACCUGUUUUCAACAAAGGCACACUUGUCUGAGGUCCGGGCAUUCUUUGAAAAUCAAUCAGAGGCAACCUUUCGGCUGCGCUGUGUCCAGGAGGCUUUGGAGGUCAUUCAGUUGAAUAUCCAGUGGAUGGAGAAGAACCUUAAAACUCUGACACAGUGGCUGUAGCACACACCCCGCACGUCCUCCCGUCGCCCAUUCAGAGAGCUUGUUGGCUUGGGCUCUGCUGCUUUUGCGAAAGCCCAGGUGAAGCCAGGGCCGCUGCCGAGUUGUUUGCACUCUCAGGAGUUCUAGUUAGCUCAGGGCCCGCCUGUGUUUCUCACCUGUCUUUUCUGAAACGUCUUUGGGCAGUAUGUAAUUAUUUAUUACAAAAUUAUCUUCACCCAUAUGCCAACCAUCUAGAAAACAAUGAGUAAUUUUUCUACUUUGAAGAUACUCAAAUGGGGAAAAAAUCUGUUUUGGGAUUCUAUUCUAUUUGUCAGUGUCUGGAAAGUACUGACAAUGUGAAACAAGAAAAGAUCUCCCAUAGGAGCCACCAACUGUGCAGGCUGCUGGUUUGUCAGCCAUUUGUUGCUUCUUGUUGAUAGAUGUUAUUUGAAUGUGGUGCAAAGUUAGCUUCAAAAUGUAUGGUAGUGAGGUCGAUGAAGCACGCAGCGGUAGAGAACUGAUCUCAGGUGUGCAGAUCUACUUUGGGGGUUUUGAUUAAUCCUUUAUUUUCUGCAAAAGUUUAAAUAAGAUCUUCAACUGUUAUAUUUUUUUCUGCUGAAUAGCCAGGUGCUACAGAAUUUUUAAAUUUUUGUUGUAUUAAAAAGCUAAAUAGCAAGGCCAAAAGAUUACAUUUUCCAAAUAUUUAACAUUUUCUUUUUCAUCUGUUAGGAAAACAUUUCAAUCUGAGUUAGCUUUAAUUAUCUUAUUCAUGAAUUACAAUAUUCUCCAAAUGAGUACACCUUUAUCACUCCCUACCAUAGAUACACCUUAUGUUAUAAAUAAGUUUUUUUUACAUUUAUGGCAAGCAUUUUGUUAAGACUGGUGUGUUUUAUCAUGACUAUCACUAUUGCUAAGCAUGCAGUUUGUUUAAGUUGCCUUUUGGCAUGAUAGAUCAUGGACACUUUCUCUCUGAAUCAUACCCAUGGGUGGAUUUUCGUUUUAUAUGAUAGAGUAGCAUAUUAGAAGCAUAUUUUAGAAUAGGGCCUUUGAGAAAUUCACCCUUUUUGUUUGAAGUUCACCAUAGUACCUUAAAGAAAUAAAGGGAAUGUGGGAUAGGAGUAACUUGAUUCAGGUUUAAUAUGGUGGGCUUUGAAUUUUUUCUACUAUCAAAAACAGUACUUUUCUUUAGUUAAAAAAUUAUAGUUUUCUUUUAUCAUGGCCAAACUAACAGAUUAAAAGGAAUGGCCAAGGCAAGAAAGAAAGUAAAAUGAGGGAAGAUAUCCAAAACUGUAUGGCAUUUUUACUCCUUCUGAAGGAGAAAUACUGUACUUGAACUUUUUGAGCUAUGCAGACUUAUACCUAGAUUGUUGUGUUUCUUUGAUUGUUAGGAGAAAAGCUUUCUUCCUAAUAAUUCUUGAGUACUUUAUAUUUUGUUUGAAAACAUCUUUUAUGUACAUAAAAAGGGUAGUUACCCAUUUGCAAGCACUUAUAACACUCCAUAGAAUCAGGCAAUGGGAAAGGUCACCUUUUUGUAUUCAGUAGGUGUAAAGUGAGAAUAUGUGGGAUUGUGUAUAAAAUUAUAUUUUAUUUUGUGAAAAUAUUUUUAUAUAACAAAAUUUAAAAGGGUGGUAAGCUAAAAGAUAGCCUUCUUUGUUACUAGUGUGUUUUCCCCCAAUUUAGUCUUUUCUAAACAACGUUUCUCUGUUUUAGAGCAGAAAAUAUUAUAUCCUGAGAAUCACAGAAUCAUCUAAAGAUGUCUUAUUGAAACUGGGGAGAUUAUAGGUCUUUAUUCCUCUUGUGCUUCAGGAAAUGAAUGAUUAUUUAGUUGAUAUUGAAAGUUAGUGUGUUUUUAUAUUUUUAGAGUGGGAACAAAUACUAAACUUUUGAAGGGUUUUUUGUUGCUGGUUUUUUACCAUGUUAUAUUACUAAAUUCCACUUUGAUACAGAGUUUAAAUUUUGCUACUUCUCAAAAUUAGUUAAGAUUCUUCACUUUUACCUGCCCAUAUUUACAUUGCUCCUGUGAUGUAUGUCGACUCUGUAUACGGCAAAUCUUGUCUCAAAUCACAUCAUUUUUUCCUGUGAGUGUGUAUGUGGAGGGUGGAGUGGGGGAUGUUGUUAUAAGUAAAACCUUUCCAAAACAUGGGCUAAAAAAGAGGUAGCUCGUUAUCCAUUGCUAUCUGUGUACUCAAAAGCCGUUCAUUCCCCUGGUACCCUACUAUUUGCAGCUUUAUUUAUAGGCUUCACCUCAAGUAUUUGUAGUUUUAGUAGGCAUUACCUCAAAUUUUCCCACAGAAUUCCAUAAUUUGCAAUGUUACGCUAACCCAUCUACAUGGGACUUCUAAAAGCUAACCCAGGACAGGAAUAUAUGAUUAAAUAAUAACUAGAACAUGUGUAUAAUAAGUAUAAUUGUAGCUUUUGAAGUUUUUCUCCCCAAAACUUGAUCGUAGCCACUGUAUUUGUGAGAACUCACAUAGGUUGAAGCAUAGCAGUCACAGUAUGCUUUUUUAUAUAAGCACAUAGAUCCACGACACAAUUAGGUACUUAUGUGACACGCAUUAUAUUCACUGCAGAGACUGUCUUCUUGAAUGUAGUUUAAAAGGCAUGUCACACUAGAUUACUAGGAAAGAUGGGAUUGGAAAUCGGGAAUUGUAGAGGAAAAGCUUGUGCUUUGGAGGUCAGGAAAGCUAUGAAAGUAGAAACCUAAGGAGUCCAGUUUGUUCUGUUAAUAUCUAGUGAUUAGCUUCAUUAAACUGCAAGUAGUGUCAGCUUCCACCAUAAGCUUGGGCCUUCCUCCAUCUUGUUGUAUCUAAGUCUCUCUAAGUGAAAUUGUGUGGUUUGCCAUUUCAGUGUUCAUGAACUUUCCUUACUAUCGCAGGUUCUACUUACUCUUUAUCCUUUGCCAUUCAUGUUUUCAUGUUAUUGUACUCUAGCCACUGUAGGAACAAAGGAGCUAUCAGAAGAGUCCUGGGUACGCAGAGGGUGUCAGCUGCCUCAGCCUCACUGGGCACAGAGCAGAAACCUUUCUGAGUAUUGGAAAGUAGGAAAUGAAAGUCGAGUGCUGAGUUGGUUGGAUUACUGAUAGCCUGUUAUUGAGUUGGAUUUUAAAAGAGUCUACUCAGACUAAAGCACCGGGAACAACAGUCUGCAGUCAGCUUGCUGAACCUUCACAUAAUCCCCAUGCUUUUCAUGGGGCUGCAGGGAAGGUGCAUGUGUCUCAGGAGAGGUGUCAUCACCAAGGACAGCAGUUCCUGAGCUGAGUUUGCAAAACUGGACCUGAAUUUCAUAGGUAUGAUGUAGCUCUUCUUCUACCCUUUGCCUUUGUUGUUUUUGUUUUUAUUGGAAUUAACUCUCUUUUUAAAGAGCUUCCUCCUCACCACCCCCCCCACACACACACCCCUCUGUUUGUACUUUUCAAAACUAAGGUAUAUAUUUUUGCUGUUUUUUGCAUUCUUUUACUUUAUAUUUCAUUCUCUGCAUUGGCAAGUAAGUACCAAAUGAAAAGCGGAGGUCCGAAAGUAUAACUCUCCUCUCUCCCUUUCCCUCAUUGCCUGCAUGGGCAGUAGCUCAUACAGUUGUUGAUUGAUUUCUUUGAGUGACUUUUUGGGGCUAUAUACUUAAAAAAUGUACAGAUAUGUUUUUAUAUUUUCAUUUUGUCUAUUUUUUCCUGAUUAAAACAGAAAUAUUUUCCUAUGAAAAUCUCAUUUGCCCUUCCUAUAUUGCCUGUGUGGGCAACAGCUACAGAGUAGUUAUUUGAUUUCCUUUUUUGGAAGGAGAUGGUGAUAUUGGGAAGAGAGGGGAGUAUGUUCUUUUAAAAAUGUAUACAAAUGUGUUUGCUGCUAUUUUGUGGUUGGCGUUUCAUUUUGUACUUCCCUCAUCCUUCUCGUGGGUAUGUAGAUAUCUAAUGAACCAUGGAGGUCCCAUUACCCCUCUCUUCAUUGCCUGUGUGGACAUGAACUAAUGGAGGAGUUGUAGUUGCUGUUGUUUUGAUCUAGUCUUGAAGGCAGAGGGUUGUAUAUCGUUCUUGAAAAUGUAUAUAAAUGUUAUGCUACUUUUUUAUAUUUCAUUUUAUACAUGCUUCUUUGUGUGGAUGGAUGCAUAGGUACUUAAUGAAAAUUGAAGUUCAGAGUAUGACAGAUCUCCUCUUUUCCCUUUUCCUUAUUGCCUCUUUGGGCAAUAGCUAGUAGAGUAGUUUGUUUUGUUUUGUGGGGUGGGAGAGAGUGGGGUAUGUACUCAAUGUAUAUAAAUAAAUUUCCUACUACUUUGUAUUACUAAUUCAUUUCGUGCUCUGUCCUUCUCAUAGGACGUGGAAGUACCUAAUGAAUGAGACGUGGAGGUCCGGAUGUAUGACAAUCUCCUCUUGUCCCCUUCCCUUAUUGCCUCUGUGGGCAAUGGCUAGUAGAGUAGUUGAUUAGUUUCAGGGGCUCUUUUGUGGGUAUUGGGUAAAUACUUUUUAAGUGUAUAUACAUGUUUUUACUUCCUUAUUAUAGUAUUUAGUUGGAUACCCAGUCCUUCACUUGGACAUGUAGGUUCCUAAUGAACCAUGGAGUUCUGGGUAUACAGCAGUCUCCUCUUCUCCUUUUCCCUUUUUAUCUAUGUAGGCAAUAAUUUUAAAGUAGUUUGGGUUUUUCAAAGUUUUGGGGGGUAGGAUAUAUACUUUUGGAAACUGUAUAUAUGAUGUUUAUUACUACAUUGUGUUAUUCCAUUUUGUACCCCGUCCCGAGCUUGGACGUGUAGGUACCUAACGAGACGUGGAGGUCCGGAUGUAUGAACAUCUCCUCUUUUCCCCUUUCCAUGUUGCCUCUGUGGGCAAUAGUUUGAGAGUAGUCUAGAUUAUUUUCUACUCUACCACUGCCUCCCCUGGGAAGGUGGGGAUAUGUACUUUAUAAAAUGUAUAUAAAUGUUUUUGUUCCUUUUAUCUGUUACUUCAUUUUGUACCUAGACCUUUCCAUUUCAUUAGGUACCUGAUGAAAAUUAAGGUUCAUUCUAUGAAAAAAAUCUCCUCUUCUCCCUGCCCUUAUUGCCUGUCUGGGCAAUGGCUAGUAGCGUAGUUGUUUAGAGAUUUUUUUUUUUGGCAGGCUGGUGGGGGACUUCUGGGUUUGCAUUUUUUAAAAUGUAUAUAAAUGUUUACUGCUUUUUUUGUUCUUUCACUCCAAACCCAAUUUUUUGUUUGGACUUGCAGAUAUCCACUGUAAUGCAGAAGCCCAUGUCCAGAGGUGUCAUCAGUCUUUUCUUCCUUUCCCUGUAGCCUGUGUACGUGGGCAGUACUAUGAGAGUGCUAUAGGGCUUGGUUUUUUGUUUUUUGUUUUUGAGAUUUUUAAUGGGGAAUGGGCUUGACAAGACAUGUAAUUUUUUAAAUUUAUAUAAAUGUUUUUGCCUCUUUUUGGUGUUCACUUCAUUUUGAAUCUAGUCCUUUGCAUGGCUAUUUAGGUACUUAGGUAUUUAGGUAAUGAAAGUUGAGAUUGAGUCUAUGAAAAAUCCCCCCUACUCCCCUUUCCUCAUUGCCUGGUGGGCAAUAGUAGAACAGUAGAUGUUUAGGGUUUUUUUUGAGGGGUGGGGGUGGGGGGAGAUUUGGGUGUAUAUAUAUGUAUAUUUUGUUUUCUUUAAUGUAGAUAAAUGUUUGCUACAUUUUGUGUAUUAUUUCACUUAGUACCCAGUCCUUUUCUGGGACUUGUAGGUGCAUAAUGAAACAUGGAGGUCCAGAUGUAUGAUAAAUCUCCACUGCUCCCCUUCCCUCACUGCCUGCGUGGGCAAUAGUUUUAUAAUCUGGGGUUUUUUGGGGGGGUGAAUUAUUUGGGUGGGUAGUGGUUAGGGGAAAAGGACAGGGUAUAAACUUUUAAAAAAAUGUAUAUAAAUGUUUUCAUGUUACUGAUUUUGUACCUAGUCUUUUGCAUGGAUGUAUAGGUACCGAAUGAAAAUCGAGGAUGAGUGUGUGACAGGUCUCCCCUUCUCCCCUCCCCUUGUUGCCUGUGUAGGCAACAGCGAGUAGAAUAGUUGUGUGUUGUUUACUUACUUGUUUGUUUUGAAGGGAUUUGUAUCUUUGGCAAGGGAAUAUUCUUAAUACCUAUAAAUAUGUUUUUAUUUCUUUGUUAUUUCCUUUUGUGUUUAGUCCUUUGUGUGGCUAUGUAGGGACCUAAUGAAACUUGAGUUUCAUAAGUUGACAGAUCACUUCUUCCUUUCCUACCUAUUUCCUCAUUUAGCAGUAGCUAGUAUAGUUGUUGUUUUGUGGUUAUUUUGUUUUAUUUUCUAGGAUAUAUGCCUUUAAAGAUGUAAAAAUAUAUACGCACAUAUAUAAUUUCCUUCUUUUUUUUUUCCAUUAUUUUUCUUUAAUACUUAGUCCUUUGCAGGGCUCUGAAUGUAUCUAAUAAAAAUAAAGUCCCACCAAAUGCGUGCCAUCUGACUUGAAGGUGUGGCAUUGUGGUGGUGUAACUAAUGGCAACAGACAUAGCAAAUAAGUUGGGAGAAGACACUGGAUAUGGUUGAGUUGUGAAAGCUAAUCAGAUCCAGCAUUUCUUAUGUUGAUUCAAACUGAAUGAAAUGGUAAGAAGGGCCCUGUUCUUUGGAAAUCCCAGAAAAGUAAGAGGACAAUACUAAGUAAAACUGUGUUUAAAGUUCAUUGCUGAUUAAUCUUUCAGUAGCUGGACAGCCAGACAAGUGCUGCCUAGAACCCAGUUGAAGACCCUUGAGAGUAGCUUCUUUUUUGAGGCCUAGAUUUCUGCUUCACCUACAGAAGUCUGUUGCAAUUCCAUCAAUAGCAUAUCCUUGUGUACUCAGUAGAAAUUAUUUUGAUUUUUGGAAUGAACCUUUGGAGUUAUUGCCAUGGUUCUAGUGAAGGACAACAUGGGCCUAGAAACUAACCCAAAAAGAAUUUGGGAGACAAGCCUUUUUUAUCUUUCAACACUCAUAUAUGGUAGGGCAAGCUGGCCCUUUCCUACCCAGGGCUCCUCUGUGUGGCUGCGUGUCUCUCCUCAGUUCUCCAUUAGCUGGACCAUUCCUGUUCUUUUUCCUUUUUGUCUUCAGUCCCUGCAUUGUUAGAUAUUGUCUUCAAGUGCACUCAAAACUGUAAGCCAGUGUUGCCUCAUUAGCUGUAUUUUUUGCAUGCAUUUCAUGUAUCCAGACCUGUAUGUUCGCUUUCAGCAUUUUUUAAUCAUAUUUCACAUCGACUCUUCAUCCACCACAUGGUAACUGUUAUGACUGCAUGUCUGUCUGUAUCAAAGAAAAUGCGUGCGUAAAAUCCAUCCCUCCUUCCCUCCAUUCCUCCCUUUGAGCUUCUGAGCAUUAUUUGUUUGUUCUGCAGUUUAUAAUGAAUAUAAUGCUAAAGAUUUGCUGUAUUAUUAUUAUUAUUUUAUUUUAUUUGUUAGAAACAUUGAGUGAUAGGACUCCUAGAAAAUUUGCAAAGAGAUGUUAUUUACCAUAUCAAACUCUCAGGUUCUAUUGUUGAAAAAUUAGCCUAUACUUUACUGUUACUUAUUCCUGCUGCUGUAGAGAAAACAAAAGUUUAUUCAUGACACAUUUAACUUUGAUCGUAAAUAAAAGAAGAGGAAGCACCUUUUUGGAGUUAGUCAUGGUAGUCAUUAGUGAUAUUUCUGAACAGUUCUUCAUUUGAAGUACUUCAAAGGAAGUAAAGGUCAUGGCUUAGCUGAACGAAACGCUCCAGAAGUUGAACGGUAUAAACCAUCAGUACAAUGAUACACUCGUGUGUGUGUGUAUAUAAAAUGAGAAUUACAGCAUAAUUGGAGCAUUUGCAUUAAUCAGCAAACUCACUUUGAGACAAAGCUCAGUCUUACAGCUUUCUUGAUUAAAGCCAACUGUUCCAUGUUGCUGUGAAGAAUACUCUCUUUCAAACACUUUGGAAAGUAGUUACUUGGGUACUGUAAGGGUAUUAUGUUUUUGUAUUUAAACACCUAUAGAGAUCUCCAAUUCCUUGAAUCUGAGCUUAUGGGUGGAAUUCUAAAUUUGUAUCAUAAUCUGUCUUUUGUGGAAGAUUUUGAAAAUAGUAUGUGUAUAUAUAAUAUUAUAUAUGCAAGUUGUGUUGUGUCACUUGUAAAGGGAAAAGACUUAUUUUUCUUUAUACUUUAAUUUGUUUUGCGUAUGACCAGCACUGACUGAAAGGCAUGUGUAACUGCAAACACUGUUGCUUUUUUUUUUGUGAAAUGAAAAUAAAAGUAUUUAAAUAUAAA